CUCCCCCUAGACCUCCACCUCCACCUGAAACACAACAGAAUAUAAACUGUGUUCGGGUUGACCAGCCGCAUACUGCAAGCAAACCAGGGCACCAGGGAUAUAGACUCAGAACGACAAUAGUAAGACAAAAUGGUGGGUAGCAUAGUGGUUCUGUUGGCCUGGUUGGGCUGCUUGUCACUGGGGACUGUGCGGGGCCAGAGGGGUGAUCUGGACAUCGGGACGGAGUUGGAUGACAUUAGAGCUAAAUUACAAGGUUUGAAAGACUUGGAGGCUCGACUGAACCACACAGAGAAGGAACUGGAGGGGCAGAAAGCCAAAGUGGACAGACUGGAGAAAGAGAACAAGGAAAUCACACUUCGACUCAACACUACAGAGGAUGAAGUUGAAAAGCUGAGAAACAGUGGCACUAAAAAGGGUCCGCAGGUGGCUUUCUCUGCGUCUUUGUCCAACUUUGGGGAGAUCUACAAAGGACCGUGCAGCGACACAACCCUCGUCUUCAAAAGAGUUUUCUCAAACAUAGGCAACGGUUAUGACCAACAUACAGGUUUCUUCAAAGCACCAGUGGAGGGCCUGUACUACUUUACCUUCAGCACCUUCGGCUACAACACCCACCUGAUCGGCGCUGUCUUGGUGAAAGGUGGGGUUCGCGUGGUGUCCACCUACGACCACGUGUCCACGGAUUCUAGUGACGGAGGAAGCAACGCGGUGGUACUCGAGCUGAAGGCAGACGAGAAGGUCUCAGUGGAACUGUGGCAGAACGCCAGAGUGUUCGACAACAUGAACGGACACACUACCUUCAGCGGAUUUCUGCUGUACCCAUUGGGAGACAGGAAGUAGGGCGGGAAGUGACCUAAGCGUAAAAAUGAGAACCCCUCGCUAGGAGCUAAGAAUCCAUCCACCACAUAACAGUAUUUACUACUUUUAAAGAGAUGAUUAUCAUCAACAUUUCCUCAUUGUCUUGCAUUCAUACUUUACCAAUAAAAUAAAAAUAUGUCAGAAAAG